ACAGUCAUUCUUCAUCUGAAUCUGAGCAGGAGGGGAAAAAAGAGACUCAAACAGUUCUCCGUGUGCCCUCCAUCUCUCUGCAUCAUGGCCGCAGCUGCCAUCCUGGUUCUGGCAGUCCUUGGAUUCUGCAACACAUUCAUGGUUGGGGUUGGUGUGGAUUUGCAAGAAAAUGGACCCGCAAAACACGAAUUAAAGGAGACAGAACGUUUCAUGUCAAUUCUUUGCACAGCACUGCCUGGCUCUCUGUCCUCUUUCCCAUCAGUUCAUACUCUCACACCAGCUCACAUCGCAGGCCUUUACACCCUGGGAAUGCCUCUAUCCCACAGGAAUGAAGCCUCCACAGUUGUCAAGAGGCUGAGAGAGCUGUUUUCCAUGUUUAAUCCCAAAGUGGUCUCUCAGCAUGAGGAUCAGAUCUCUUGGCACCACGGGAGUUUAAUACAAGAGACAGAAGACCUUUCCUUUUACCUUUCCAAACAGGAGGAGACAGAAUGGAACAUUGUGCUGUUGUUCAUCCCUGUAGAUUUAACAUGUGCCUGUUCAACAGAUGUUGUUGAAAACAUUAAAACCACAGUUCAGGAAGUGGACGCAGCUCUGAGGAUGCUGCAGAAGCAGGUGCAUCACGCUAUGGUUCGUGUAGUGGUUUGGAGUGAAAAUCGUCAAGAAGAUAGGUGUGCUUGUGCAGAAGAAGGUAUAAAUCCAGGUCUGCAGAAAGCGUUUCUACUAAAAGCACUGCAGGACUCUGUAAGUGAUCUGCUGAAAAAUCCAGCUCAGUACAGCCGAGGUGAAGACUUCACCGUUGCACUACAGUCUUCACCAGUUAUCCUUGAAUCCUACUCAGAUUCUGAAAUCACUGACUCCCAUAUAAAUGAAAUGGCUCUUCAGCUGUGGAUUGAUUUGCUCCAGCCCUCAAUGCACCAGACAGAAAAGAAUGAUCUCAUCACCAUUCCCUGCCCUACGGAGGAAAGGCCUUUUCUUCGAACAUACGUAAACACCCCCAAUGGAAGAGAACACGAGAAUGUUGCUAGCAAAGCCUCUGCACCGAUAGAUCCUGUUACUGGCACUGAAGUGCUCUGCACAGAUCGAAAUCCUUCUCCCACCACACCUACAUCAGUUCACAACGUCAGACCUGCGGAUAUCAAGGUGGUGGCAGCUGUGGGUGAUUCACUGACAGCAGCCAAUGGUGUCGGUGCAAAAGAAGAUAACCUCUUGUUGGUCACUUAUCAGUAUCGAGGACUGUCAUGGAGCAUUGGCGGAGAUGACGACAUAUCCAAUGUGACAACUUUACCAAACAUCCUGAGGGAGUUUAACCCCAAUGUGACUGGAUUCUCAACGGGCAUCGGAAACCAGGACAGUCCAGGGGCUUUUCUCAAUCAGGCUGUAGCCGGAGCACAGAGUGUUAACAUGGUACAACAAGUACGCACUCUAGUGGCCAAAAUGAAAAAUGACCCGCGCAUUGAUUUCUUCAAUGACUGGAAGGUGAUCACCAUGUUUAUUGGUGGUAAUGACAUAUGUGCCUAUUGCACAGACAGUGUUGUCUUUUCAGCCAGAAAUGUUGUCACUCGAAUUCGUGAAGCACUGGACAUACUCCACCAGGAAGUACCCCGUGCAAUUGUUAACAUGGUAGAGAUGCUCAACAUCGUACCCCUGCGUGAAUUGCACAAGGAUAAAUCUUUGGGUUGUCCCACCUGGAUGGUCAAUAUAAUUUGCCCCUGCGUGCUGACGGCUACUGACGAAUCAUAUGAACUGCAGAAGCUCAGUGACUUCAACAGAGCAUAUCAGCGUGGCAUGAGAGAGCUGAUUGAUUCUGGAAGAUAUGACACACAAAACAACUUCACAGUGGUGCUGCAGCCUUUCUUCAGAGAGGUUGUCUUUCCCAGGCUAGAGGAUGGCCGGCCUGAUCGCUCUUAUUUCUCUCCUGACUGUUUUCAUCUCAGCCAAAAAGCUCAUACCCUCAUGGCCCGGUCCCUUUGGAACAACAUGUUGGAGGCAGUUGGCAACAAGACUUACAUCCAAAAUUUCCAAGCUGAAAUUGGCCUCAAGUGUCCAACAGAGAGCAACCCUUUCAUUCGAACAGCAGUCAAUAGUGACUACACCUUCCCAGGCCCUCCACCAACAUCACCUCCCAUUACUAACUGGGGCAGCGAUUUCUCCUGCACCAACACAGCUCCAUCAAACUCUGUGCCCACAUCCGCCCACAGAGUGCGUCCAGCAGAUAUUAAGGUGGUGGGGGCUCUUGGAGACUCUCUAACAGCUGCAUUUGGUGCAAGAGCAACAAACCUGGUGGAGCUUCCCAUAGAGUACAGAGGGGUGUCAUGGAGUAUUGGAGGUGAUGAUACUCUUGAGACUGUCACAACAUUGCCCAAUGUCCUGAAGAAGUUCAAUCCUGGUAUCAAAGGGGCUUCAAAGGGAACUGGAAAAGAUCAGACUGGUUUCAACAUGGCUGUAUCUGGGGCUAAAGCAGGAGGGGUUCCACAUCAGGUCAGGCUUCUGGUUGAUGCCAUGAAAAAUGAUGCUACGGUGGAUUUUCAGAAUGACUGGAAACUUGUGACUCUCUUCAUUGGAGGCAACGACCUUUGUCAGUACUGCAAUGACCGGGCCACUCUUUCACCAGCAAACUACACCAAUUACUUGAGGACAAGCUUGGAUAUCCUCUACAACGAAGUUCCAAGAACUAUCGUCAACGUUUUAGAGAUCCUGGAAAUUGAAGGCCUUCGCAGAAUCAAAAAGGAUGGAAUUGGAUGCACCUUGGUCCAAAAGCAAGUGUGCCCCUGCUUCUUGUUACCUGGAGAGGAUUCCCAAGAGCUGGCUGAAUUGAAACGGAUCAACCGGGAACUUCAGAUUGAGACUGAAAAUCUGGUGUAUGGAGACCGUUAUAAUGGCAAAGAGGACUUUGCUGUGGUUGUCCAGCCUUUUUUCAGAAAUUCCAUCGUUCCUUUAAAUGCUGAUGGCGUGCCCGACACCACCUACUUCUCCCAGGACUGUUUCCACUUCAGUGAGCGAGGACAUGCUGACAUGGCUGCUGCUCUGUGGAACAACAUGCUUGAGCCAGUGGGUAAAAAACAGACCUACAACAAUUUCACCAAUGCCAGAAAUAUCCUCAAGUGCCCCACUGAGGAGCAGCCAUAUAUCUUCACAACCGUGAACAGCUUUCCCAGUUUGACCACAACCACAGCACCCACAAUGGGCAGCACAGCACCCACAAUGGGCAGCACAGCACUGCCUUUCACCCCAGAAUGUUCAGGCACUGUCCCAGCAUGGCUUGCUGCUGUACUGGCCAUUGUUGGGCUUCUGGUUGGCUGCGCCGUCACCUGGCUCCUCCUCUCCUACAGACACAAGAGAAGCAAGAAGAAAUCGGCUACAGUUGAGAUGAACGCUUCUGCUCAUUAUGCUUACUCUAACUCUUACACUGAAUAACCCAAGCAGAAAAACGAAGAAAGUCAGGGUCAAAACUGCUUUCUGAAAGCUCAGUGCUUGCAGAAACAACUAAACAGUGUUUUAUGUUCAACAAAGUAAUGUAGUGCUGUCUGUUUUGACAAGAAAAGUAAGUAAAUAAAUGUUUUAUUUUAUUUAAAGAAAUCAAUAUCAUGAGUACUUUAAAGGGCUAAAUGAGAGAAAUGUUUUUAAACUUGUUUGACUGAACAUGUCAGAACAGUUGUCUGUGAGGAACAGUUGCACUUCUUACUUUUGCACAGGCUGGUAAGGCAAAUUUAAAUGUUGUAGCUGGUCUAACAGCUAACAUCAAACAGGUACUGCCAUAAACCACUGAAUAUAUGCACAUGUCUGCUUGCACAUGCAGACAUGUGCAAACAUGCAGACUACCUUUAGUGGUUGCACAUUUCCUUCUAACUUCCUCCUAUCUGCACCAAGUUUUCUGACAAUGUAACAUGAAGUCAUAGACGUAAUAUCCUCCUUGAAACUUGAUCAGAAAUAAAUGUAACAUUGUGCAGUUUUGUGCCAUCUUUUUCUGUUAAAAAAAAAAAAUAUAUAUAUAUAGCUCUAAUCAAAGAUGGAAUAAAUAAUUGGAGAUUGUGAAUUUGGAAAAUGUGUACGCUCUGUCCUCUUGAAAAGCACUGGGAGUACCAUCACAUCAUAAACAAGACGGACUACUCAUGCCUGUGUGUGUUUAUCAUACCAACAGUGCAAUAGACUGGAGGCUAUAUAACCACGUGUUUUUUAUGACACUCUUAAAAUGAUUAAAGCAGGCUGACAGCUUCCAUUAUCUUCAUCACAUAUUAAGAGGAACAGAAAACACUUUGCUUUGAUUAGAAUUGCAGGUCCAACAUUUAGGAAUAAAUAUUGAAAUAUAUUUAGAGGUACAGAUAAAUUUUAGAAACUUCUCUGUUCCUGCUGAAGAAAAGGAUUUCCAUGUUUCACCGUGAGGACAGCAUUUUGGGUUGUUUGUUUUUUCAUUUGUAACUGGACCAAAAAGUUCAAUUUCAGCCUUAUCUGUACAGUGCACCUUUUUCCAUGUGUUUGCUGUGGCCUCUCAUGAUUUGUAGUCAUUUUUAAAAACAACUUGAAAAAAAAUAUUUAUUGUGGGUGGAAAACAAACAAAUGUAAUUUAUUUCUAUCAUUUCAGCAACAGGAUAAAUUGAAUUCUGUUUGGAAUUGAUUAUAUGUUGGUCAGGUGACAGCUGAAAAUAAUUAUUUAAAGAUGUAUUACGUUAUUUUACUUCGUAAUGAUUCAUGUGUACAAAUAAGAGAUAUAAUAUAUGUUUUAAUAGUGAUAAUGGUAAUUUUUAUUUUAAUUUUAUAGUUAUUAGUCUUUUAAAUUAAAAAUGGUCCUGUAAUAAUUUGAACUCUGAGUUUAUAUUCGGAGCUUUUUAUAAUUAAACUGUUAUUAAGCUGC